AUGGAGAGUUGUCUAGGCUAUUUUUCUCUUUGUAUAUGUAGCUGUGCAGAGGCUGUAGUGUUUCUUCAAGACACUGGUUUUUGGCUGCAGAGGAAAACAUCAGGCAAUGGAGGCGAAAGCGGGGAAGAAGUGGGCGCUGGUUCUGGCAGCGAUGGUGGUGGGAUUCUUGAUUCUGGCCCCGGAUUGUGUGGAGUGUCAAUUUGGGAUCUUACUGCAUCCAUGCACACUCCCCAAGUGUGUAGCAGAAUGCAAGUAGAUCUUGAAGGAGAAAUUUAUGAGUGCAAGCUGUGUGACGGGCAACAAAGGAAACUUCUGUCUAUGCCUGCCUGGAGGAAAACAUCAGGCAAUGGAGGCGAAAGCGGGGAAGAAGUGGGCGCUGGUUCUGGCAGCGAUGGUGGUGGGAUUCUUGAUUCUGGCCCCGGAUUGUGUGGAGUGUCAAUUUGGGAUCUUACUGCAUCCAUGCACACUCCCCAAGUGUGUAGCAGAAUGCAAGUAGAUCUUGAAGGAGAAAUUUAUGAGUGCAAGCUGUGUGACGGGCAACAAAGGAAACUUCUGUCUAUGCCUGCCUGGGUUAAGAUCUAA